ACGUGUUGUCAUGGUAACGAGGAACACAAACACUCGGGGCUCAGGAAGUGAGGCGUGUUGUUGAAACAUUCGUUUUGGAAACGGAACAGUAAAUGAUGCCGAAAUGAGAGGUUGACUGCGCUGUCACGAGCAGGUGAAGAGUCACGGAGAUUGAGAAAAGACUCUUUGUAAAAGGCACGGCAAAAUACGCGAGAGGAAUACCUGAGCCCCCAGAAAGAGGAGACAUGAAUUUAAAUGACUUUGUGGUGCUUCCUAACAACAAGGCCACAUCCGUCAAACUCAAUGGCAGGGACCUGAAAGAGCUGCAGAUGGAGACUGUGACUUUGACCAGGCAGAACAAUGACAUGGAGGAGAAACUGCGGCAGCUGAAAGAGAGCAUGAGCAAAGAGAAGGAGGAGAGGGGGCAUUCAGCAGGGUUCAGAUGGAAGUCUGGACAAAGUGGCUCUUCAAACAACAACGCUCGAACAAACAACACCAAGAAGGACAAGGAGAACAGACUCCAAAAGCUGUCUGCAGGCAAGAUGAAGAUUCGAAUGCUGAAGGAUGAACCACUAACAGCCCCACCUCAGCCACCACCUCUACCUCCUGCCAGUGUUCUUCAGAGGACAAGAAAAAACAGGCUGAGGGGAACAGUCUGUGGACAGUGUGAAGUCAAGACAGCAGGACUAAAGUGUGCUGAAUGCACAGAGAACUACUGCAUUGCCUGUUUUGUGAGGUUUCACCAGAAGGGGGCACUGAAGCUCCACAGAACGAUCCCCAUUAAGACAGAAUUACAAACCCUUGUGAGCACUCAAGAUGUUCUCAGUAACGACCCCAAUGCCUUUACAAGUCCUAACAUCAACACCAAAACCAGUCCCAGUCAUUCCUCCAUGUUCAAUGCAGACCAGACCAGACCAGGAGAACAGAGCCCAGAAAAAGGUGGAGCAGCCAUGGCAACACCUAUGCAACUGCACCCUGAUCCUAACCAGGUGUUGGUUGUGAAUCAUUCAGAGGAGAGCAAUUUUGGAUUUGAGCCGAAAAGCAAGGCUGAGAAGGGAUUUCCCACUUGCCUUCUAGGAGGAGAAUAUGAUGAAGAAGAGUCUGCAAGGUCUUUCCAGGAGGCUCUCAGGCAGUGGAGGGGAGAGACAAAUGAUGAAGCUGGAGACCGCAUGGAGGAAAAUGAGGUUGCUAUGUGGAUACCUGUUCGCCCAGUUUUAGUGUCAGCUAUAGCAACCCAGGCUGACCUCACUGCAGACAGAGAAGUUGAAGGACGAGGAUGCGGGGAAGGACAAGGGAGGAUACCUGUCAGGGUGGAGUUUACACCAAACAGCCUUACCUACACAGACAGAUUGCUUCUCAAGAAGCACCGCAGAACACCAAUUGAAACAUACGUGCCUUCGUCGACUUUGGCUGCAGAUUCAAAGUCACGACCUGAACUCGACACAGAGGAGGAGGUCGGCCUGACAGCUCAGGAGGAAGAUUUCCGUCUCUACUAUGCAUCAUUGUUUGCUGUCCCUGUCAGCAGGGGCAAGGCUCAGGCUCAGAUUACCACACCUGAAUCGUGCCUUGUCAUAGAUGUCCAGGAUGAGACAGACACGGAUGUAAAUGGAGACUGUGCAGAGCAGAGGAUGAACAGCAACAGAGAGGUUGCCUUGUCUGAGCAAGGAAGAACACUGGUGCCCCAAAUGACCUUGACCAGUGAGGGGCCCUCAAGAGCCAGUCUGUCUUCUCCCCGUCCACCACAGCUAUCCACACCAACGCAACCUAAACCCACUCACAAGCACCGACUAUCUAAGGCUGAGACUUCAAAAGCAAAGCACUCAAUGAAAUCUUCACCCUCUCAAACUAUGCCACCACUAUGCCCGACUGUUGAGACUCCAAGGACUUCACGGACAUCCAUCAGGACACCGGCCUUAAAUUCACAAAAGGCCAUGUGUUACUCCACUGUACACAAAUCAAGUGCUGACCAUGGGUCAUCACAACCUUUGUCCUCGUCACCAAAUUCCCAGGAUGAGAUCCUUAAAUCCUCUCGCUCCCACUUUUCAUUUACACCUGAUGAGUCUCUUCACCUGAAUCCAACUCCUCCUCCUCCUCCUCUUAGGUCUACAUUCACAGUCUCACCAUCAAGCUCUGCCGAGUCACCUUCGUUGCCCAGAGUUAACCGUUCAACCCCAUUACACCAAAGUUCAGACUCAUAUCUGUCUUCCAAUAUAUUCCCCAGACCAGUCUCAUCCCUAAAGCUGUCACAAUCACCACCAAGCAAUCUGGAUUCCCCAAAGCAAUCCCAGCGUUCCUUGUUUGAGCCAGAGUCCCUCCUAUCUGAUGAUCAACUUCAGCUGCCGCAGUCCGACAGGCCAGACCCACAACCGAAAUCCCUGGAACUAAAUCACUCACAGACAAACCCCGUGCCAUUCAGUGCAACUGUAAAGACUCCAUCAAGUUUAUCUCUGUUUAAUGAGUCCCUUCCAGAUGCAAACUUGAGAUAUAAGUCAAUUCCGCCAUAUGGGGAUACUAUGGGGAUAGUUUUAAUGUCCGCAUCCUUCAUCUCUGGUAGCCACAAAUCAACUCUUUCUCGUCAGGUCACAGAGUGUGUCUCAUCGCUUUCAUCACGUCCUUUAAAUGUAAACCAGAAUAUUUCUUUAGCUGUGAAAAUGGAGAAGGAAGAGGCACCAUCAGUGGACAGUGGAGAUGAAAUGUCAAGUGAUAGUCUGGUUCUGGCUCCACAUGUGGAUGAAGCAGAGACACAUGGACAUUUAACCAGAGGGAGAUCCAGAGAAGAAGAGCAACAACAUUCUGCCACAUCUCAUUGCAGAGAUUCCUUUGUUCAUACCGAUGAUGAAAUAGUAAAAGGUCUGCUGACUGAUGAGCCGGAACAGCUGUCAGAAACAUCCAUGGUGAUGUCCUACUGGAGUGCUGGGUCUGCAUCAGAGGAAUCCUGUGAUGUGAGUCUGGAUUUGAGUCGUGGUCACUCUGACACAACAGAAAACACACAGUGUGACCCACUGCAAACACACCAACCUUCAACCAACGAGUCUGAUCCGCCAGGCAGGGCUGAGGUCCAAAAGGUGUAAAAUGUCUCCUGCUCUACCUCUCCACCCCGCUCUCCUUUUUGCUCUCGCUCCCUGUCACCUGGUCAGUCAGAAAAUGAGGUUGUUAGUCUGCAGUUUCAGACUUGUGUGCAUCCAGUCAGAAAGAGAGGGGGAGACGUGGGGAGCAGAGAGAAGGCAUUUCGGCAGCGUUAUGAGGACAGAGGCAGAAAGAUGCUGAAAAGCAGAAAAGGCCCCCGGAACAGACAAAAGAAACUGUGAAAAACAGGACAGACCAACACAUUGACUGAACUGCUGUGGUAUCUUAAUGUGCACUUUUGACUCAUUUGUAUUUCCCCAAAAUGUUUCAUUACUUGUGUUGAGUCUGUCCGACUCCUCUCAUCCUGUCCACCUUUCAUUUGCUGAUGAUUAAGAUUAGUUAGUAGACUUUCCCUCCAGUCAAUAUUAUUAAUUGAUUGCCUAACCACUGGAGAGAAAGAAGAAACAGCAGUAAUUGCAUUGUAGCUGUUAGGACUGGCUGAACAUGCUUGUUAGCAAUAUUGCUUUGGUAUAGACGCUGCUCGAGGAUGAACACAUAAAUGACUUUACUGAGUAUAAUCGUGUAAUAUUCACACAUUUAAUAUCACAGUUAUAGUUAUUCUUAGUUGGUAAACAACCAUGAAAAUAAAUAAUGUCACUGUACGUAUAUUGGCAAAACUUUAUAAUAAAGCUUCGCUGCACAGCCGUGGCCUGAAAAACCCU